UUUGUCCUUCUCGGGUGCCGUAGUCGACUCGCCGCUCUCUCUCUGGAUGAUAAAGAUGGCAGAAGCUCCUCCAUGGCCCAGCCGGUUUUUCUGUCACAGAUGCUCCGCGGAGAUCAGUCCUCGGCUUCCCGAUUAUACAUGUCCAAGAUGUGACUCCGGUUUUAUUGAGGAGCUUCUUGAGGAGAGAAGUGCUGACAAUGGCUCCAUAUCUACCAUCUCCAGCGGGCCCCAGAACCAGCAACCAUUUGAGAAUCCAGAGCAGCACUUGUUUACAUUCUCUUCUGGUAAUGGCCAGUUUGCCCUGGGUGUCUUUGGUAACAGUUUUGACUUGGGAGCAGGGCUGGGAACUGAAGACAACCAAGAUGCUGAAAAUCGCAGAGAAAGGGAAACAGCAGCACGGCACAGAUAUGGUGCUAGACAACAGAGACGUCGGCACAGUUCGAUGCGACCACCAGGGUGGCAAGAGGAUGUCCCCACACUAGAGGGAAUUAUCCAGCAAUUGGUCAAUGGAAUAAUUGCACCUACUGCUAUGCCAAAUUUAGGUGUGGGGCCAUGGGGUGUUCUUCACUCAAAUCCUAUGGAUUAUGCCUGGGGAGCUAAUGGUUUGGAUGCAAUUAUAACACAGUUAUUAAAUCAAUUUGAAAACACAGGGCCACCACCAGCAGAUAGAGAUAAAAUAAAAAGUCUUCCUACAGUUCAAAUUACACACGAGCAUGUUGCCUCAGGAUUAGAAUGUCCAGUAUGUAAAGAAGAUUAUGGUGUGGGAGAAAAUGUGAGGCAGCUCCCUUGCAAUCACAUGUUCCACAAUGACUGCAUAGUACCCUGGCUGGAACAGCAUGAUACAUGCCCAGUGUGUAGGAAAAGCCUAAGUGGGCAGAAUACGGCCACAAACCCUCCAGAAUUAUCAGGGAUGAACUUUAACUCCUCCUCUUCUUCAGACUCCUCUUCAUCAUCAUCUUCAUCAUCCUCUACCCCACAGUCCUCAAGUUCAACCAGUAAUGACAGCUCCACUGAUAACUCUUAAUAAAGACACUGGCACUUUCA